UGAAACUCCGUUCGCGUGCUUCUACACGAUGAGUAAAUCAAUUUCGCAUUUAGAACACAUAUUCUAAAAUCGUAAUACUUACAGUCUGAAAGAAAAUGAUAUGUAAUUCUUUGUUUCUUUUCAAUAUUUCCAUGUAUGCUUAAUGGGAAAUUAAUUUUUGAAGGAUGACAAGGACCCUUGAUUUUGUUUCAAACGUUUUACGACACCGAAAAUGACCACGCGACUACAGUCAGUAGAUGUGGACAGUAUCCUCCACGACCUUGGGCCCUACGGACCUUACCAGGUGUGUCAGUACCUCUACUCGCUACUGAUGAUGAUCCCAGUCACCUACCCCGUCCUUAUAUACGUAUUUAUAGGAUAUCCCCCGAACUUCCAGUGUCAGAAUUUUACCGAGCCGUCCUCGAAUCAUUCCAUCAUAACAAAUACUACGAUAAUCACAGAACCUCAGAGCUGUGACGUCAUGUUUAGAUCUACUUCACUAUUGAAUGAAUCUGAGUCUAAAACUGUCCCCUGUCCACAUAGUUAUGUGUAUGAAGGCCCGGAAACAGUUGUCACCGAGUGGGACCUGGUUUGUGACCGAGAAUCUUUGGGUCAGAUGUCCACUGCCAUGGUAAUGGUGGGUCAAAUGUUGGGAGCCGUAGCGUUCUCUGUAAUGGUGGACAAAUACGGUAGACAUGGAGUCACGUGUGUCUGCUUCAUAGCAAUGACUGCCUGUUCUAUAGGACUUUCCUUCACCACUCAUUUUGUGUUGUUUGUAAUUAUUCGAUUGAUGAUUGGUGCAUUUCAACAGGGAAUCCAAAUGGCGCAAGGUUCUCUUGUUAUUGAAAUGUUUCCAACAGAAUUCAGAGCCACGUGCACUUUGAUAGGUGCACUAAUGUGGUCUUUCAGUGUAGCUACCCUCUCCCUGUUUGCGUGGCUCCUACAAAACCACUCCUGGAGGUACUUACAGCUAUUAGCGGGUCUUGUAGGAAUACAUUGUCUUGGUACACACUGGAUACAGCAUGAAUCUUUACGGUGGUUGGUGGCAAAUGGAAAAAAGAACGAGAUAAAAGUAUGGAUACACAGAGCAGCGAAAUGGAAUAAAAAGGAUCCCGAAAAAAUACUCAGCCGCUUUUAUUUACCUGACAGUGAAGAACUAGUCGUAAGGUCGGAACAGACGCCAAAUUGUUCCCAUGAUCCCGGUAAAGAGAAAUACAAUAUUUUGGAUAUUGUACGAAGAAAAAGGAUUUUAUUCAUUUCUCUCAUCAUUUGGACAGCUUGGUUCACAGUCAGUCUAUCUUACUACGGCUUGUACCUGAUGUCUAGCAGUCUGUCAGGAGACAUAUAUCUAAAUUUCUUCUUGAUUGCUCUGGCAGAAUCUCCAAGUCAGUUCAUCGCCUGGUAUCUAUUCAGAAAGAUAGGUAGAAGAUUUACAACCAUUGGCUUCUUCACGAUUUCUGGAGUAUCGCUUAUUGCCUCCGCCCUCAUCCUGAAAUUUGCUGCCAAUGCAGACACACUGUCGCUGAUUUUUAACCUCUUCGGAAUGUUUAGUGUUGCCGGUGCAUUCUCGUGCCUGGUUCUUUUCACACCAGAGUUAUAUCCAACCAAUCUUAGAAGUACAGGGCUUGGUCUUGCAUCAACAGCCGCCAGGAUUGGAUCUAUUUUGUCACCAUUUGCAUCUUCCUUUGCAAUCUAUGUGCCAUGGGGACCAGGAGUUACGUUUGGAGCGCUGUGCUUGUCGAUCACAUUUUUAUUCCUAUGUCUGCCAGAAACAAAAGACAUAGAACUACCUACCACUGUGGAAGAUCUAGACAAGUCGUCCAAGAAUUUGUCGUCCGUUACCUAGAACAUACUUUGCACAUCAAUUCAUGAAUCAUGGCUUAAGUAAAUUACGUUCUCUAUCUAUCAGUAUUUUGAUAACGUAAAAAAUAUAAUACCUGUUAGUUCUUUAGUCAUUUGUUGAUAAGAUAAAUAAAAUAUAAAAGCAUUAGCAAAUAAGAAAACAGGCCUCUGCUUUGAUGUACAUGUAUUCUUCCUCUAUGAAUUAUAAGGACGAUUUCAUGGACUUCUUGAUAUAUGUUUAAUAUGAACAUUA